UUAUCGAGAGGCUUUUCCCCCGUUUGCAUCCGACAUUUUAUUUUUUUUCCGAGCGGGAAAUCGCAAUUCUAGGUAAGAGGAAAGCAGCUUCCGUAUUCUGACGGAUCAGGUUGGGAGAGGGAGAGAGUUAGCGUAUGUGGUCAUGGCGGAGGAGUGGUUGAGAAGUUGAGUUUAUCGUUGUUCCAUGGCGUCUGCAGUUCCUGUUCCCUCAUUUUCUCAGGUACCGUUGCCAUUUUCAUGUUCAUCUCUGCAAUCUCCCUCUGCAGGGCCUUUGAAUGCGCUUCCUGCUUCUAGCCGUCUACCGUUGCGAAAAGUACCGGCUCCGAGGCCACGGCAUGCUCUCGAUUAUUCGAUAAGGGUUGUUUCCCUGGUGCCAACAUCAGGAAAACUGAAGAAGAUGGCGUCGCAUGGUCUUCUUCAAUCGGGUGGAAGUGAGAAAGUUUUUGCCCAUUAUGGUCGCUUGGAGGAAAAUACCGUAGUUUUUAGGUCACGCAUUUCGGGAGAAUUUGGUACGUUGAGUGUGUCUCUGCAACGAGGAGGUGCCAAGAAAAUCGGGGCGUCGAAGACGACUUCCAGUUCCGAGGAAUCUCCAGAAGCCAUGGCGGGCGACAGCAAAGAAACCGCGAAAUCGAAACGAAGGGCGUCGAAGAAGUCGCGAGGAGAGGAACUGGUGGGGUCGUCGGGCGAUGCAGGGAACACUAACACCAAUUUGGCGAAACCGGCAAGCAGAGGCCGGAAGAAGAGUUCUACCAGAAAGACGAAGAGCGGUAAGAAAGUGGAAGAGGUUGAUUUGGCAGAGAAGGAAAAGGUAGGAAGCAAAGAAGAAGAAGAGGACGAGGGUGGGGAAGAUUACGACGACAUGAUGGAUUUUCCAUAUGAAUCGCCUGGAUUAAUUUGCUGUUUCGGUGCUGCUCAGCGAGAGUUUGUGCCGUCUGUCAGGGUAUCCGACCGCCAGAUGCACCCGGAUAUCUAUUCGACCUGGAAAGGCCUCCAAUGGAGCCCGCCAGAGUUUUCGAGGGCCCCCGGAGGGCCGCCGUCCAACGUCGCCAUUGCCCAUGUGCGCCUUGGCGGGCGGGCGGCUUUCAUGGGCAAGGUCGGAAACGACGAAUUCGGGAACGAUUUAGUUUACAAGAUGAACACGGAGAAGGUUCAGACUCGGGCUGUGAAGAUCGAUCCUUCUUCAAAGACUGCAAUGUCUUAUAUGAAAAUCGUUUGCAAGGGUGGCAAGCUGAGCAUGAAGACUGUGAAAGAAUGUGCAGAAGAUUCUCUUAAGAGCUCAGAAUUGAACCUGGCCGUGUUAAAAGAGGCCAAGAUUUUCCAUUUCAAUUCUGAGGUACUCACAUCGCCCUCCAUGCAUGCUGCACUUUUUAAAGCCAUAAGGCUAUCAAAAAAAUUUGGUGGAUAUAUAUUUUUUGAUCCGAAUAUGCCACUGCCUCUGUGGAAAUCCCGUGAGGAGGCAUGGGAUGUGAUAAAGGAAGCAUGGAACCAAGCGAACAUCAUUGAGCUAACCAAACAAGAGUUGGAAUUUUUGCUUGAUGAGCAAUAUUAUGAGAAGAAGAGGGAAUAUAGGCCUCAGUAUUAUGCAGAAAGCUAUGACCAGACAAAGAAGCGGAGAGAUUAUUACCAUUAUACACGCGAAGAGAUAUCUCCUUUGUGGCACGAUAAUAUAAAAAUUCUUUUCAUUACAGAUGGACUAUUUAGGAUUCAUUACUAUACACCACAGUUUGAGGGGACAGUGAUCGGUACAGAAGACGUUCUCAUUACUCCGUUUACAUGUGAUAGAACUGGUUCAGGAGAUGCCCUUGUUGCAGGUAUCAUGAGAAAGCUAGUAGAGCAUCCAGAGGUAUAUGAGGAUCAAGACAAGCUGGAGAGAGAUCUUCGAUUUGCAAUUUCUGCAGGAAUUAUAUCCCAAUGGACCAUUGGUGCAGUAAGAGGGUUUCCAACUGAAAGUGCUACACAGAAUUUGAAAGAGCAGGUAUACAUACCCUCCAUGUGGUAAGAUUAUUCCUGAUCCCCAUCAUGAUGGAUCUUCCUGUAAUUGAACUCUUGAAAAAUUUUGAGGUCCUGACAAUUUUGUAUACUUGGAAAUAAAAAUAGAUUCUCUGUCUAA